AUGGAGACACUGCUGCUGACUCUGCUUGGACUUCAGACAGUGAUGGGAAUGGGACACUGGUGCGAACACACAGUGGAGGAGAGAGUGGAGAGAGUCCUGUCCCCACGUCUACAGCUUGAAGUCAGCUGCUCUGAGGUUUAUCAGUACAACACCCGGGAUUGGAGGCUAGACGUGGACAGGAUGCGUGUCAAGCAUGGAGGUGACGACGGCAUCGCACUCUACUACAAACAGCAGGGGCCCAAGGCUUCCUGCUUCUUGUACAAACCCCCAGAGAUGGAGAGCAAGAUGGUGAACAAGACAGUGAGGGCAUGCUGUGAGGGCUGGGGCGGCCCACGCUGCUCUGAGGGUGUGGGCGUGCGCGGUCAGUGCUACUCUACAUGGAGUUGUGAGGAGUUCCCCGGUAUUCAUAACUCCUCCCUAAUGUCCUUGGAGCAGUGCUGCAGCAGCCUAUGGGGACUGACAUGGAGAAACGCCUCUGACCAGACCUGCUUGUCUUGCACCUACACUCUCCUUCCUGACUCCCAGUCUUCCCCACUGGUGCGUAGUGGUCUGCUGGGUAGCGCCAGGGUGCCACAGGGUUCGGCCACUUGCAUGUCCUGGGGGGGAGCCCACUACCGCACUUUUGACAGGAAGCACUUCCACUUCCAGGGCAGCUGCACUUACCUGCUGGCCUCAUCUACUGAUGGGACAUGGGCAGUCUACAUCAGCACAGUCUGUGAUGGGAGAGGAGACUGCAGUAAGGCUUUAAAGAUGAUGCUGGGUCUAGACUUGGUUUCAGUUCUUCACAGUAACUUGACACUGAACAGCCGUCCUGUUCCAAAUGGAGAACCUCUUUUCCAAAAUGGAGUGAGUGUUCAUUGGCUGGGGGACUUUGUGUUUGUGGAGAGUGGCCUGGGUGUGAGAGUAAAGUUUGACAUGGCCAAUACGGUCUACCUGACAGUGACCGCCGAGCACCUGGCGUCCACCAGGGGGCUCUGUGGAGUUUACAACAACAACGCUGAUGAUGAUUUUACCACAAUGGGUGGAACUGUGUCCCAGUUCGCCGCUAGCUUCGGCAACUCAUGGAAAGUUCCUGACCAUCAGAAUGAGGGCUGCAGCGAUGCGGCUGAGCUCUUUCACAGCUGUGAUGUCUCAGGAGACAUUGCUUUGCGUAGGCAGGCAGAAUCUGUGUGUCAUCGACUCCUGGAAAAUCCCUUCAAACACUGCCAACCCCAGCUGGACCCAGCAGCAUACAUCGACACCUGUCUGUACCUGUACUGCAGCCUGCCACCCAAAGAGAGGGACGGGGCAGUUUGUGACACUCUGGCCAGCUACGCCCGAGAGUGUGCCCAACAGCAUGUCAUCAUAAUGUGGAGGACAGCCAUCCUUUGUGGUCGCGUCUGUCCCAGAGGUCAGGUGUUUUCGGACUGUGUGUCCUCCUGUCCCCCCAGCUGUGCUUCCCCGCAACCCCCAGGGCCUGCUGCAGCCGUUGGCCAGUGCAGGGAGGAGUGUGUGGGGGGCUGUGAGUGUCCGCCGGGCCUCUACCUUCACCAGGGACUCUGUCUAAAAAGAGACGAUUGUCCUUGUUUCCAUCGCAGACGCACCUACCAGUCAGGAGACAGGAUACAGCAGAGAUGCAACACCUGCGUGUGCCGAGCAGGCCAGUGGCAGUGCACUGGGGAGAGGUGCGCAGCCCAAUGCAGCCUGAUGGGGGCGCUAAAGGUGACCACCUUUGACAAAAAGAGGUAUUCACUACAGUGCGGAGGCUGUCCGUUCACUGCUGUAGAGGACUUUGUUGACAGGAAGCUUGUGGUGAAUGUGCGCUGUGUGGAGUGUACAGCAGGAGGAGGAGGAGGAGGAGGAGGAGGAGGCCUGGGUUGUCUAAGGGAGAUGUCAGUCACAGCACUUCGCACCACAGUCACGCUCACAGACACUGGUACAGUGACAUUGAAUGGCCAGAGAGAGGCGUUGCCUGUGGUAACAGGGGACCUAGUUGUGCGUAGGGCCUCCUCUUCAUUUCUCCUAAUCCAGACCUUUGGAGCCCAGCUACUCUGGUACCUAGAUGGACCUUUAGCCCUCAUCACUUUGCAACCUGGGUUUGCAAACAAGGUGCGAGGCCUGUGUGGAACGCUGACCUGGAACCAGCAUGAUGAUUUUACCACCCCAGAAGGAGACGUGGAGAACAGUGUGUCAUCCUUUGCAGGGAAAUUCACAUCAGAGCACUGUACUCUACCUGGAGGAGCUCCGUCUGACCCCUGCACCACAUACACCCAGAGGAGAUACUACGCAGAGACGGUGUGCUCCGUAAUCCACAGCGCUGUCUUUAAGGUUUGUCAUGACGUGGUGGAGAGGGAGCCCUAUUUCCGUCUCUGUCUGUCGGAGGUUUGUGGCUGCGCUCCACAGAAGGCCUGUCACUGCACCGUCCUCACUGCCUACGCCCAACACUGUGCUCAGGAGGGCGUUGCAGUCCAGUGGCGCAACCACACCUUCUGCCCUCCCCAGUGUUCAGGGGGCCAGGUGUACCAGGAGUGUGGUCGUGCAUGCGGGGGCUCCUGUUCAGACCUGUGGCAGGGCUGGAGCUGUGAUGACGGUGGUGGGAUGGGCCUUAGGAUGUGUGUUCCAGGUUGCCAGUGCCCACCGGGACUAGUGCAGGACCACCACAGCCAGUGUGUGCCCAUCACCAUGUGCCCAUGUGUGCAAGAAGACAAGAUUUACCAGCCUGGGGCUGUCAUCCAGAAUAACUGUAAUACAUGUGUGUGUGAGCAGGGGCUUUUUAACUGCACUCAAGAGCGCUGUGAGAAGGCGAACCCAUGUCCAAGCUCUCUGAUCUACUCUCCACGCUCCUGCCUCCUCACCUGCUCCAGUUUGGAUCCCCCUGGUCAACAACAAGGGUCCAGUGUCGGGCAGUCGAGCUGCAAAGAGCCCCUGUCUGGCUGUGUCUGUCCCCAAGGAACUGUCCUACUAGGUGAUCGCUGUGUUCUGCCAGAUGAGUGUCCAUGUCACCAUAAUGGUCGACUUUACUACAGCAAUGACACCAUCACUAAAGACUGCAACACAUGUGUGUGUAAGGAGCGCCGCUGGCACUGCAGCCAGUCUGCUUGUGCUGGUGUGUGCGUGGCAACUGGGGAUCCACACUAUGUAACAUUCGAUGGCCGCUGUUACUCUUUCCUGGGUGACUGCCAGUAUGUGUUAGCAAGGGAGACCAGUGGUUUGUUCAGUGUCACAGCGGAGAAUGUGCCCUGCGGGAGCACCGGGGUCACCUGCACAAAGUCUGUCACCCUCAGCCUGGGAAAUACCAUCAUACACCUGCUGAGAGGUAAGGCUGUGACAGUAAACGGGAUGCCAGUUACGCUGCCAAAGUCCUACAGUGGCAGUGGUCUGACUUUGGAAAGGGCUGGGAUGUUUGUGUCCCUGUCCUCCCGACUCGGGGUCACUCUACUAUGGGAUGGGGGUAUGCGUGUGUAUGUGCGUCUGGCUGCCCAUCUGCGGGGUCGGGUUGGGGGCCUGUGCGGUAACUUUGACGGGGAUACAGAGAACGACUUCACAACACGGCAGGGCAUCGUGGAGUCUACAGCUGAGCUGUUUGGAAACUCCUGGAAGGUCAGCCCCUCCUGCCCUGACGUGGCAGAUCAGGACCUCCGAGAUCCCUGUGCGCUGAACUUGCACAGAGUGACAUGGGCAAGGAAAAGGUGUGCAGUUCUGACCCAGGAGCUUUUCUCUCUGUGCCACCCUGAGGUGCCCUUCCAGCAGUAUUAUGACUGGUGUGUCUUUGAUGCUUGUGGCUGUGACUCAGGUGGGGACUGUGAAUGUCUCUGCACAGCCAUUGCUGCCUAUGCUGAGGAGUGUAACCGCAGAGGGAUCUACAUCCGCUGGAGGUCCCAGGAGCUCUGUCCUCUGCAGUGUGAGAAUGGACUUGUGUAUGAUCCCUGUGGUCCAGCUUGCUCUCUCUCUUGUCCCAGUGUUCAGCAGAGCCCGCACUCCCAGUGUGGUGUCCUCUCCUGUGUGGAGGGCUGCUUCUGCCCUGCUGGCACUGUCCAACAUGGAGACAGCUGCAUUGCUCCAACUGAGUGUCCAUGUGAGUGGGAGGGCUCUAUGUUUCCACCUCGAACCACCAUCACUCAAAACUGCCAAAACUGUUCCUGUCAGGAUGGUGUGUGGCAGUGUGAGGGUGUGUCCUGCCCUCCUCCCUCCCCUCCCUGUCUAGAAACAGAGUUUACCUGUGCUCGGGGCCGUUGCAUCCCCUCUCAGUGGGUGUGUGACAAUGAGGAUGACUGUGGUGAUGGUUCAGAUGAGCUCUGUCCAUCCACCUGCUCUCCAGACCAGUUCCGCUGCACCAGCACACCAAGUGGACCAUGUUUGAAACUGGCUCUGCGUUGUGAUGGCCACCCAGACUGUGCUGACCAAUCAGAUGAGGAGUUCUGUGGACCUGCCACCCCUAUACCCCUGUGCCCACCGGGGGAGUUUCAGUGUGCCAGCGGAAAGUGUCUGCCAGCCAGUCGUGUAUGUGAUGGACGGCUCGACUGUGGUUUUGCUGAUGGGUCCGAUGAGCUAGACUGUGGUGUGGUGUGUGACAAAGGGGAGUUCCUGUGUGCUGGAGGACGUUGCAUUCUCUACCUCCACCGCUGUGAUGGACAUGAUGACUGUGGGGACCUUAGUGAUGAGAGGGGAUGUGUAUGUGCACCAGGGGAGUUUCAGUGCCCAGGGGACAUGUGUGUCCCUGCAGACAGAGUGUGUGACGGACACAGAGACUGCCCCUCUGGAACAGAUGAAGCUGUCUGUCCAAGUAAAGCUUGUAGGUCCUAUGAGUUCAGCUGUGCCACUGGUGGACAGUGUGUGCCUCAGGCCUGGCGGUGUGAUGGGGAGACAGACUGUAUGGAUGCGAGUGAUGAGCAGCAGUGUACCACCCCCUGUGGCCCUGGCCAGGUUCAGUGCCUCAGUGGGGACCAGUGUGUUGACUAUCACCAUCUCUGUGACGGGACUCCACAUUGCAGGGAUGCCUCAGAUGAGAGCAUAGACAACUGUGAUAAAACCGUCUCACCGCCACCACCUGGCAGUAGGAACACCACUGUCCCCUGCCCUGAAUACACCUGUAUGGACGGAUUCUGUAUCCCCUUCAACAUGGUUUGUAAUGAUCUGGCAGACUGCCCAGACUCGUCACUAGCACCACUUGGAGGUCCCACAGAUGAGCAGGGUUGUAGAACUUGGAGCCCCUGGGGUCCCUGGAGCCCCUGCAGCACCUCCUGUGGGACAGGCUCCAUGAGCCGGCAGAGAACUUGCCCUCCAGGGGACCCAUUGCGCCGUUGUCGGGGACAGGAAGUCCAGAGGCAGCAGUGCUUCAACACCACCUGCCCAGUGGAUGGUCAGUGGCUGCCCUGGGUGAGCUGGUCAAACUGUUCCAGUGGUUGUGGUGGAGUGCAGGUACGACACAGAGGCUGCACCCCUCCUCGCUACGGAGGCCGAGAUUGUUCUCAGCUCCCUGGAUCGUCCAACGUAGCCAUGGAAAUCAAGCCUUGUCCUGACGAUGGAUGUGCCAACACCAGCUGUCCCACUGGGCUGGUGAGACACAGCUGUGCUCCCUGUCCAGUUUCCUGUGCCCACAUCAGCAGUGGGACAACCUGUGAUCCCACAGCACCCUGCUUCUCAGGUUGCUGGUGUCCAGAGGGCCAGGUGAUGAGUCAUACACAACAGUGUGUGUUACCAGAGGAGUGUGCAUGUGAGGUCGCAGGUGUGCGUUACUGGCCGGGCCAGCAAAUAAAAGUGGACUGUGAAAUUUGUGUUUGUGAGAGAGGAAGACCUCAGAGAUGUCAGUCCAACCCAGACUGCUCAGUACACUGUGGCUGGUCAUCAUGGUCUGAGUGGGGAGAGUGUUUGGGGCCCUGUGGUGUCCACAGUGUUCAGUGGUCUUUCCGCAGCCCAAACAACCCUACCAAGCACGGAGACGGGAGAAUAUGCAGAGGAAUUUACAGGAAAGCUCGACGGUGUCAGACUGACCCCUGUGAUGAGUGUGAGUACCAGGGUCAGUCCCAUGCUGUGGGAGACAGAUGGAGAUCAGACCACUGCCAGUUAUGCCACUGUCUGUCCAACCUAGCAGUGCAGUGUUCCCCCUAUUGUCCAUACACUGUCACUGGAUGCCCACAGGUAAGAGUGUGUCCAACAGAGGAUACUUCACCCCUGGUUCCCACAUAUCCACUUCCUCCCGGAGAUGAGUGUUGGUCUCCCCUGGGUGUCCAGUCUUUGCCAGUUUCAAGUUUUAGUGCCUCAUCACAGCAGACAGGUCACCCCCCUGAGGCAGCUCGACUCCAUGGAUGGGACCCCCACACAGACCUCCAGGGCUGGAGUCCAGAACCGGAGGAAUAUAAGGACCUGCCACAGCGGAGCCCUGAGGGACACACUAGCAACACACAAAGCCCCUAUCUACAGAUAGACCUGCUGAAACCAUACAACAUCACUGGUGUGUUAACCCAGGGUGGUGGUGUGUUUGGCACAUUCGUGUCCAGCUUUUACAUCCAGUUUAGCCAGGACGGCAGACAGUGGUACACUUACAAAGAGCUUGUUGCUGAUGCCCGGCCCAGAGCCAAGGUUUUUCUUGGUAACCAUGACGAUCGAGGGGUUGCUGAUAGCAGACUGGACAGGAUGGUGUCAGCCCAGUUUGUCCGCCUGCUGCCACAUGACUUUCAGAACGGCAUCUACCUUCGACUUGAGAUAAUGGGCUGUGGCGAUGUCUCCCCAGUGGGCGGCUGCAGAGUGAAGGAGUUCCAGUGCAAAAAUGGUCGCUGUGUCCCAGCAGGUCCACUGGGAGUUGUCUGUGAUGGAGUCAAUGACUGUGGGGAUGGUUCAGAUGAGAUGUACUGUGGCGUCUGCUCCUCUCCCCUUGGACUGGAGGAUGGGAGAAUUCGCUAUGGUCAGCUGACGUCAUCCUCACAUCGUGAGAACAACCCUGCUGAUGCUGGACGACUAAACAUCAUUCCUAAUGUUCAGGUUAUGGAGCCUGGAUGGAGUCCCUUGCCUUCAGAUAAACAGCCAUACUUUCAGGUGGACUUCCUGGAGCCCAUGUGGGUAUCAGGGGUGGUGACUCAGGGGAGUCAACGCAUGUGGGGUUACCUGACUAAAUACCGCCUGGCCUUCGCACUGCACAGCAGCCUCUUCACAGACUACACUGAGAAUGGGAAGCCUGGUGGCCCUGCUAAGGUGUUUGAGGUGCGGAUGGUGGGCAGGAACCCUGUGACCCGCUGGCUUGAUCGGUUGGUCAGAGCUCGCUACCUGCGCAUCAUCCCUGUGGAGUUCAGACACACCUUCUACCUGCGGGUCGAGAUCCUUGGCUGCAGAGGAGAUGAGCUGGUGACCCCCAACAGUGUGACCUCGUCUCCCUCUGGUGGUGGGAAAGUGACGGUGCAGCGCUGUAAGCCAGGCCAGUUUGCGUGCCAGCACAGUGACCAGUGCGUGUCUGUCUCUGUGCUUUGUGAUGGUCGACUGGACUGCAAGGACCACUCUGACGAGAUCAACUGUGGUACAGCUUCAACCAGAGGCUUUCCAGGGCUGCAGAACCAGACCAUUUCCACAGGGAGAUCAGGUUUUGAUGGUGACAGUACGACAGGUGCCCCAGGCCUCCAUACCACCAGGUCCCAAGGUAGCCUUCCUGGUGUGGCUACAUCAGGGCUCACAGGUGGACCUGGACUUCAGAAGACCACAGUUCCAACCCCGUGGAUCACUGCAACCCCCGAUGAUGGUGGCCUACCCAGAGUGCUUUGCGUGGAGGGCCAGUUUGCAUGCCGGUCAUUUGGCUGCGUGGACUCUGCGCAGGUGUGUGACGGCAGACAGGACUGUUUGGACGGGUCAGAUGAGGAAUACUGUGGCACCACAGCCAGGCCAGUGGUGACUUCGCAGCGCCCCCUGGUGCCCAGUCCAUGCUCCCCCAAACAAUUCCCCUGUAACAGUGGGGAGUGUGUUCACCUGGACCGCAGGUGUGAUCUACACAAAGACUGCGUGGACGGGUCAGAUGAAAAAGACUGUGUGGACUGCAUCAUGUCCCCGUGGACAGCUUGGAGUGCAUGCAGUGUGUCCUGUGGUCUGGGCUCCUUGUUUCGGCAGAGGGACAUACUGAGGGAGGCUUUGCCUGGAGGGGCCUGUGGUGGAGCCCAGUUCGACAGUCGAGCAUGCUUCCCUCGAGCAUGUCCAGUUGAUGGUCAUUGGGCAGAGUGGACAGAGUGGUCAGACUGUGAUGUUCAGUGUGGAGGUGGAGUCAGGCAGAGGAACAGAACCUGCUCUGCUCCCCCUCCUAAGAAUGAUGGGCGGGACUGUGAGGGCAUGACCCUGCAGAGCCAGAGCUGCAACACCCAGUCUUGCACCAAAGAAAUCGGCACACAGACAGGUUGUGCCAACGGUAUGGUGCUGGUGACUGAGGCAGACUGCCAGGCUGGAAGAGUUGAGCCUUGUCCUCCUACCUGCUCACACCUCAGCUUGACCAACAACUGCACUGCAGCAUGUAUCCUGGGGUGUCGCUGUCCUAGUGGUCUGUACCUUCAGGAGGGGCGAUGUGUAAAUGCCACACAAUGUGUCUGUCACUGGAACAGCCAAACACUGCAGCCAGGACAGACAGUCAGCAGGGACCAGUGUACCACAUGUGUGUGCAGGGAUGGACAAGUCACCUGUGACACCUCCAGCUGUGUGGCGAGCUGUCACUGGUCAACCUGGUCGUCAUGGUCACCAUGUGAUGUCACCUGUGGUCUGGGCCUAAAGCAUCGAUACAGGUCCCCAGUGAAGCCAGCAGGAGCAGUCAGAGUCCAGCCCUGUCCAGGAGAUUCCACUGAGGCCCGCAGCUGCUCCACCCCCUGCCUCCCUGGUGUUUGGAGUAAAUGGACAGGCUGGUCCGAGUGCAGUAAGACAUGCUUCAACCUCGUAGAUGAGGUGGGAGUCAGACGACGAUUCCGCAGCUGCAACCACACACUCGCUUCACUCAACCACACACACUCUGGCUGUGAUGGAGACAGCGAGGAGCAAGAGCCUUGCAACACUGUACACUGUCCAGUGAAUGGUGGUUGGUCAGACUGGUCGCCGUGGUCCCAGUGUUCAUCCGAGUGUGACUCUGGUGUCCAAACGAGAGAGCGAUUCUGCAGUUCACCCUCACCACAGCAUGGGGGCAGCAGCUGCCCUGGGCCUCACAUGCAGACAAGAGACUGCAACUCCCACCCUUGCUCAGGUGAGUGUCCGGAGGGCAUGGUGUACAUGACAGCAGCUGAAUGUGAGGCUCAAGGCGGUGCGUGUCCACGGGUGUGUUUGGACAUGACCUCCACAGAUGUGCAGUGUGCCACUGCCUGUUACGACGGCUGCUACUGCGCUCUGGGCUUCUACCUGUUGAACGGCAGCUGUGUGCCCUUGGCACAGUGCCCGUGUUACCAUCAGGGGGAGACGUACCCAGCUGGUGCCACCCUGCGUGUUGAUGCCUGCAAUAACUGCUCAGUGGACUGUGGCUGGAGCAGCUGGACCCAAUGGAGCACCUGUAGUCGAACAUGUGAUGUUGGUGUGAGAAGGAGGUAUCGAUCAGGAACUAAUCCUCCUCCGGCGUUCGGGGGUCGUCCCUGCAAAGGAGACAGAAUCGGGAUCGAUACCUGCAGCAUUGAACCCUGCUUUGGUGGUGGCCGACUGUGUCCUCCAGGCCAGGAUUGGAAGCAGUGUGUGAAGGGGGCAGUGUCGUGCACAGACCUCACAAUGGACCUCAGCAGGAACUGCACACCUGGCUGCCAGUGUCCACAAGGGACUGUCCAACAGGAUGAUGUAUGUGUGCAGGAGUCUGACUGUCGCUGUGAUGUGAAUGGGGAGCAGUACAAACCAGGAGACAUUGUCCCCACAGACUGCAACAACUGUACAUGUGAAGCAGGGAGGCUGGUAAACUGCUCUCAAGGCAGCUGCAAUGUUGAUGGCCAGUGGUCUCAGUGGACUCCUUGGGGUCAGUGCUCAGUGUCGUGUGGAGCGGGUCUCCAGUCUCGGUACCGGUUCUGUUCUAGUCCCCAUCGUUCUGGAAGUGGCCUGCCGUGUCUGGGACCUCACAGAGAGGACCAGGUCUGCAUCAGCACCCCAUGUGAUCGUGACGGUGGUUGGGGUCAGUGGAGUAACUGGACGGAGUGUACCAAGUCAUGUGGUGGGGGCAUUCGGAGCCGGAGGAGAGAGUGUGACAGUCCCAGUCCAGUGGGGGAGGGAAAUUACUGUGAGGGGCUGGGAACUGAGGUUGUAGCCUGUAACACUGACCAUUGUCCAGUUGCACCAUGUUCUCAGGUUCCAGGCACAGCAUUCAGUAGCUGUGGUCCCUCCUGCCCUCGCUCCUGUGAUGACCUGGCAGUGAUCUGCAUAGAGAGAGAAGACUGUCCCUGCCUGGACCUCAGCACUGGACUCUGGUUGGAACCAGGAGAGACAGCAAAAGCCAGUGACGGAUGUAACAACUGCACCUGUGAGGGAGGGAGGCUCAACUGCACUAGAUACACCUGCCCAGUGUCAGGUGACUGGUGUGAGUGGUCAGAGUGGACUCCUUGCUCCAGGACCUGUGGGGCAGAGUCGGUGUCCCGCUACAGGAGCUGUAGCUGUCCUGAGCCCAAGGCUGGAGGAGCAGCCUGCUCUGGAGAACAGGAAAUACACAACGGGGUCGGAGUUCAAAUCCAGAGACAGCCCUGCCCUGUUAUCACCUUCUGUCCAGUCCACGGUUCAUGGAGUCUGUGGUCGGCAUGGUCAGACUGUGAUGGGUGCGCUGGAUCAUCCACUCGCACCAGGGAAUGUAACAGCCCUCCUGCCAGGUUUGGUGGCCUGCCCUGUCUUGGAGAGAGCAGGCAGAGCCGUGGUUGCCAUGACAACAACACCGUCUGCUCAGAAUGCGGUGGAGGCCAGGAAGAAUGGCCCUGUGGGAAGCCCUGUCCUCGCUCCUGUUCGGAUCUCCAUGGUGACACAGUGUGCUUGGACUCCCCCGGGUGCAGCCGCACUUGUGGUUGUCCAGGUGACAUGGUUCUGCAGGAUGGAGUGUGUGUGGCCAGGGAGGAAUGUCGCUGCAAAUACCACAACAGCUCUCAUACUGAUUCCAGUAAUGGAUCAUGGGUAUGGCCUGGUGGAUCUGAUUGGCAGUUUGCAAAUCCAGGAGAGAGCAUCAUCAGCGACUGCAAAAACUGUUCAUGCGAGGCUGGGGUUCUGCACUGUCAAUCAGUCCCUGGUUGCAAUGUUGACGGUGGCUGGAGCCAGUGGGGAGCCUGGACCGAGUGCUCGCUUCCUUGUGGAGGAGGAGUCAAGUUCAGGAGACGCCAGUGUGAUAAUCCAUCUCCUCAGAGUGGUGGAAGAGGCUGCCUGGGAGUCUCUGAGCAGCAGAAAGACUGCAACAUACACCCCUGUACAGACUCAGGGGGCCCAUGGCUGCCCUGGUCUCAGUGGUCUGCGUGUUCGGUCAGCUGUGGUGGAGGGCAGCAGUCCCGCUCUCGUCUCUGCAGCUCUUUACCCUGCAGCGGCCUCAGUCGCCAGAGCAAGAUUUGCAACACCCAGGUCUGCCUCGAGGUGGGCUGCCCUCCGGGCAGGCUGUACAGGGAGUGUGAACGAGGUGAAGGUUGUCCGUUCAGCUGUGCUCAGGUCAGCGGCAGAGAGGCCUGCUACUCAGAUGGCUGCGAAGAAGGCUGCCACUGCCCUCCGCACACCUACCAACACCAUGGAGUCUGCCUGCAGGAGUGUCCGUGUCUGGUUGACAGAGCAUUUCUGGCAUCCUUGCAGAGUGUCUCUGUCAUACCAGUCUCAUCUCUGCUCCUUAACAAUAUCUCUGAGGGAAUGGAGCUUCAGUCUGGAGACACCCUGGUUCAUGACUGCAGCACAUGUGGCUGUGAACACGGCAGGUGGAAUUGUUCCUUGGAGCAUUGCCCAGUCGAUGGAGGCCUAUCACCCUGGGGCCCUUGGAACCGAUGUUCACUGUCAUGUGGAGGUCUUGGUCUGAAAACUCGCUCCAGGGGCUGCACUCAGCCUGCCCCGGCCCAUGGAGGGAGAGAUUGCCAGGGGCCACGCCAAGAAACCACCUACUGCCAGGCCCCUGACUGCCCAGUGAUUGUUGGUCCUACAGAAGAACCAGCUUUACCAGAUGAGGAUGCUGGCUUCUCUCCCUGGUCUUUGUGGAGUCCCUGCACUAAGACCUGCACUGAUGCUCUGAAGCCAGCCAUGAAGUCCCGUCAUCGACGGUGUGUCAAACCUCCUUGCUCCGGAAGCUCUCAUCAAGAGAAGGCCUGUAACCUGCCCCAGUGUCCAGAUGGAGGUGAUGGUUGUAAGGGAGCCGACUGUGUGAGGAGGAACUGUUCGUGGACAGAGUGGGGGGAGUGGGGCUUCUGUUCGCGGUCUUGCGGAGUGGGUCAGCAGCAGAGGAUCCGAACCUUUAUCAGCCCCGGGACCAAUGGGUCUUGGUGUGAAGACAUCCUCAGAGGGAACCAGGAGCAGCGCUUCUGUAACAUCAGGCCCUGCAGAGUGGAUGGAGGCUGGUCCCGGUGGAGUCCCUGGUCCCGCUGUGAUAAGCGAUGUGGUGGCGGACGCUCCAUACGCACUCGCUCCUGCUCCAGCCCUCCACCCAAAAACGGUGGGAAAAAGUGCGAAGGAGAGAAGAACCAAGUCAAACCCUGCAACACCAAACCUUGUGAUGAGAAAGGUUGCCCACCGGGCCAGGAGUUCGUGUUGUGUGCCAACCAAUGUCCACAGCGGUGCUCAGACCUCCAGCAGGGCAUCGAGUGCCAGGGCAACACAGAAUGUCAGCCGGGCUGUCGCUGCCCUAAAGGCCAGUUGCAGCAGGACGGGAUGUGUGUGCAGCUUUGGCAGUGUGACUGUGUGGACUCACUGGGUCAGAUUUGGGCGGCGGGCAGCUGGCAUCAGGUGGACUGUAACAACUGCAGCUGCACUGACGGACAGCUCCUCUGCACCAACCACAGCUGCCAGGCUGCGUGCGUUUGGAGCUCAUGGUCCAGUUGGGCGUCAUGCAGUGUUUCCUGUGGGCAGGGCCAGAGAACCAGAUACAGUUGCCACUUUGAGGAAGUCCAGCAUAAAUCCUGCGACCCAGGAUCCUGCCCGCCCCUCUGUCUCCAUCACAACCAGGAACUCACUGUGGGGGACACCUGGCUACAGGGAGAGUGUAAACAAUGCACAUGUACCCCAGAGGGAGAUUACUGCCAAGACAUUGACUGCAGAGUGGAUGGUGGUUGGACCCCCUGGUCAGUUUGGUCUGACUGCUCAGUGACCUGUGGAAAGGGGACACAGGUUCGAACCCGUGCCUGCAUCAACCCCCCACCACGAAACAAUGGGUCUUACUGCAGUGGGCCAGAGAGAGAGAUCCAGGAAUGUCGUACCCCGCCCUGUCUGGAUGACCUUUGCCCCUGGUCGCCAUGGUCACCAUGUUCCCGGACCUGUGGUGCGGGGUCUGUCACACGGCGCAGGGUGUGUGUGUGUGAGGAGGGGGGUGAUGCAGCAUGUCCCACUGAGAUCGAGGCUGAGAGGAACACAGAGGAGACCCAGCUUUGUUACAAACAGCCCUGUCCAGGCUGUCCCAUGUCGCAGUGGAGUGUUUGGUCUCAGUGCUCCUGUGUGUCUCAGAGGCAGCAGCGCUACCGUGUAGCUCUCACCCCAGCCACCAGGGGGCAACAGUGCACUCCUGUUGAAACACAGAGCAGGGCAUGCAGCCGAAGUCAAUGUGAUGACUGUGAAGCCCCCUUCGUGUACUCAGACUGUGGUGCGCCCUGCGAGAAGCAGUGUGCACUGCAGGCCCAGGGAGAUCUGUGUCUAGGGGUCAGGGAGUGUAUACCAGGCUGCUAUUGCCCACAGGGCCUGCUGCAGCAGAACGGCAGCUGUGUUCCUCCAGAGGAAUGUGGCUGCGUCCACCUGCAGCACCAAGCUCCAGGACAACCACCUACACCUGUUACUGUCCCUCAGGGGGCCACAGUCACCAUAGGCUGCAGUACCUGCCUUUGCCAUGAUGGGACUUUGCAGUGUGACAUGAGAGAGUGUGAAGUCAUCAGCAGCGAGUGGUCAGAGUGGACUCCCUGCUCUCCCUGUGUGCCCUCCUCAUCCCUGCAGCACAGCACUCUCCAAGGGGGGGGGGUUAUCAGUGGCACUAAAAUGGUUUCAGUUCAGAGACGUUUCCGGGCCUGUUUGGACCUUGAUUCUGGUCUUCCAGUCUCUAGAGAGGAGGGGCAGAGCCAAUGUCCAGAACCGCUGGUAGAGGAGAGGCUCUGUCCAGAUGCUAACAUCUGUAAAGAUCUGUGUCAGUGGAGUGUGUGGAGUGCCUGGACGGCCUGUGCGGAGCCAUGCAGCGGUGGAGUGAGGCAGCGCUUCAGGCGGCCCUUGGCCUUUCCUUUGGGACCCAGCUGUAAGAGCCAACAGACCCAGAGCCAGAGCUGCAACACAGGGCUCUGCCCAGGUGAGCGCUGUGAGGAUAGGGGACGGAUGUACCAAGAGAGCUGUGCCAAUCAGUGCCCUCGCAGCUGCACUGACCUAUGGGAGCAUGUUCAGUGUCUGCAAGGAGCCUGUCAUGCAGGUUGUCGGUGUCCGAAUGGACAACUGUUGCAGGACGGUCAAUGUGUGCCAGUGACGGAGUGUCGCUGUGGUAUCCCAUCAGGUAACGGGACACUGGAGUUCAUCCCUAAAGAGGGGCUUACCGUGGACUGUAACACCUGUGUGUGUGAGAAUGGCACUCUGGUGUGCACCAAGCUUCCCUGCCCCGUGUACGAGCCCUGGAGCCCAUGGAGCAUUUGCUCAACUUCCUGUGGGCGAGGCCAGAGGACAAGGACACGCCUCUGCCAGGAAAAAGAGGGCGGCCCUCCCUGUGCUGAAACCUCACAGACAGAGAGCUGUGACCUGCCAUCAUGUCCAGAGUGUCCCAGCGGGCAGGUGUUCAGUGACUGUUCUGGUUCCUGCCCAUAUACCUGCGAGGAUCUGUGGCCACACACUCAGUGUUUACUUGGACCCUGCACCCCUGGGUGUAACUGCCCCUCUGGACAAGUGUUGUAUGGAGGCUUGUGUGUGUCCCAUGCUAACUGUCCCUGUUCAGCGCUCUCCCUGCCGACUGGUUACCAAAGCUUGAAUAUUAGCACCAUGGGGAUCACAGAAGCUUUGCUGCCACCUGGAACAGCCAUUCAGCACCUCUGCAAUACAUGUGUUUGCCAAGGUGGAGUGUUCAACUGCACCUCAGAGCUAUGUGAUGCCUGUCCUGACGGGGAGCAGUGGAGGAGGAGCGUGUCGGGGGAGAUCUUGUUGUGUGAGAGGAGCUGCCAGGACAUUUACUCCUCCUCUCCUGUCAACUGCAGUCACUCUGUGGAGGGCUGCGUGUGUCAGGAGGGGCUUUAUCGAAACACGGAGGGCGUGUGUGUCAUCCCCGCCCUCUGCCCCUGCCAUGACCAGGGCAUCCUACGAGAGGCAGGAUCAGAGUGGGAGGAGGGCUGCACGUCGUGCCGCUGUGUCAACGGGAAAAAACUGUGCCAGCUGAGGUGUCCUCCACUCCACUGUGAUGAGGGGGAGGUCAAGGUGGAGGAACCAGGCAGCUGCUGUCCAGUCUGUAGGAAGCAGUUUCCAGGCGAGCCAGAGUGUCGUCGCUACAUGCAAGUCAGGAACAUCACCAAGGGAGACUGUCGGCUUGACAACGUGGAGGUCAGCUUCUGCAGGGGACGCUGUCUGUCCAGGACCGAUGUCAUCCUGGAGGAGCCGUACCUCCAGUCAGUUUGCGAGUGCUGUAGUUACCGUUUGGAUCCUGACAACCCGGUGCGUUUCCUCAGCCUGCAAUGUGAGAACGGCGAGAGCGAGCCGGUCGUCCUUCCCGUCAUACACAGCUGCGAGUGCACCAGUUGCCAAGGUGGGGACUAA